AUGCCGAUUCAACCUGUUAUAACGUUUUCACCUUCCUAUUCGGCUGCAGAGGAGGAGGGGGUGUGGAAUGAGGCCGCCUGGUACUCCUAUUCGACUGCAGAGGAGUCAUCCGAGGCUACAGAGGGCUGUGUCGUGGCAGCAGAAACGUCUGAUGAUGCUGCAGGGUUCUCCUUUGAGGCCUCAGUGGAUAAUUCCGGUCCUACUGAGAGUCUCGCUGAUGCUAAAGGGGAUUCUAUUGACGCUGCAGAAUACAUCGACUUCAGCAGUCAGUUCAGCUUUGGGUUGACUUGGGCAAACGUUACGAGAGAAGUGCUCAGUGGCGUUUACAGUAACUUGAAGAAGGGCGGAAAUGGUUGCUCAGGAACGGCAGCGAUCGUGUCUACAGGAGUGGCUGCUGACGUGGGCGUUGCGGUGGAUGCUGAUGUGGCUGCUGCGCUGGAUGCUGACAUGGUUGUUGCGGCUGCUGCUGGCGUGGAUGUUGCGGUUGAUGCUGACGUGGGUGCUGCAAUGAAAGCUGACGUGGGAGGUGCGGUUGAUGCUGACAUGGGUGCUGAAAUGAAUGCUGAUGUGGGUGGAGCGGUUGAUGCUGACGUGAGUGUUGCUGUUGAUGCUGACACGGGUGCUGUGAUGAAUGCUGAUGUGGGUGCUGCAGUGGACCCUGGCAUGGGUGCGGCAAUGGGUCCUACUGCAGGCACGGCUCUGUCACUUGCCUCUGCAGUGCUGUUGUUUGCAGGCUCAGCAAUGUUGCUUGCAGGCCCAGCUCUGUUGCUUGCUGGCACAGCUCUUUUGCUUGCUGGCGCAGCAAUGUUGCUUGCGGACGAGAAUCCAGCCUCGAGAAAAGCAGCAGUCGGUCUCAAGUCAGACAGUGCAGGAGCUCUUGCGGUGAAGACCAUUGCUGCGGAGGGGAGAAACGUUCCGGUUGUGCCUGUGUGUUCUGAAAAGGAUAUGAGGCGCAGUGCACAAUCUGAGGGGAAAAACGGCAAUGUGAGGGCAAGGGUGGGUGCAAUGAGGCGUCCCUGGCGGCUGUGA